ACUUCAGAGUUUCUUGUUGACGGAACUCUGUCGUCGAGUCUCUGCUGACGCUGAAGCUUGGCCUUUGCGUCCCUCGGUAACACGACCCAUAACCCGGAAAUUCUCCUGGAAGUCUCUGUUACCCACCGGCAGAGUUGGACAACUGUUGGUCUCGACGCUCGCAGUCUGAGAACCAACGUCGAGUUCGGCUCAAGGCAGACCCGAGCGCACCCAGGCCCACUGGAUUCCUCAACCCCGCAUACCAUGGUAAGAUAGGACAUAUAUAUGGCAGCAGUAUCUCUAUCUCCGACGCCCAUCCUCCUCUCGACCAUGUCUGGUACCACUAGACGAAUCCCUCUCUCCUCCAACCAGAAUGUCGCCAAUUCUCCCCUGCGCGGCUCGGCAGCAGCCAAUGCCGCAGCUAAGCAGAAACGGUCUUAUGCAAAUCUCCAGCGAGAAGAACCCUAUGGCCAGCCUCCUCCGGCCAAGAAGCAGAUCCUCGAGAGCGGGAUCCCACGCGCCGUCUCCACGAAAUCACCUGUCCAGCACCAAGUGACCAAAAGCCAAGUGACGCUCCAGACCCGCCGCAAUGCUAGCAGCUACGAGGUCAAGCUGGCGAGGGAACGGUCGGGAUACCAACAGCAACACCAGCAGGCCGUAUCAAACACUGGGACCAAGUACACCGAAAAGGACCUGGAGCAGAUCCGGGAGUGGAAGAACCACCACAAGGCCCGCUUCCCAAAGAUGGUCUUCUACUUUGAGACCAUUCCCACCGAGACUCGUGCCAAGUUGGCAAAGCAGAUCGCCUCGCUUGGAGCUCGCGAAGAAAAGUUCUUUUCGAACCAGAUCACCCACAUCGUCACCACCCGGUCCAUCCCUCCCGAAAGAGCCGCCCGUCCGCGCCACGAAGACACUAAUGGGGAAAACGAUGGCCAGGAGCAGGAGCAAGUCAAAACCAUCAACCCUUCGCUGCUGAACCGCUUGUCCGACAAGCCAGUAAAGAGGCAGCUAUUUCCGCCGUCAUCGACAACCAAGGUCCCAUCACGGAGUCCUCUGACCCAGAUUACGCAGAUCCCCACGGCGCAACCCAAACGGAACAUGGACGUGCUUCACCGCGCCAGGGACAUGGGCAAGAAGAUUUGGUCGCUGGACAAGCUGCAAAGGAUGUUGUCAAUGCUACUGGAGCAGGACCUUCACAUCAGCGCUGCGAUUGCCUACGGCUCAAAGCGGGGGGCCGAUCAUGCAAAUUUGGCCAACACAAAAGCGGAGGAAUCCAACCUUCUGCAGCUCUUGCAGCACGAACGUGUCAAUGGGCCUUCCGACCGGGACCACACGGUGGCUACACAAGAGAUGGUCUACUUCAAAGGCCCGUACAUCUACGUGUAUGACUUUGAGGAGAAACAGAAGCCCAUCAUGGUCAGGGAAUACAACAAGGUUGUAGAUAAGGCGGACGGAGAGUGGCCGCAGUUUCGAAGCGCUGCUUUGGGUCGGUGCCCCUUCGUGGAGGACUACGAUAGGGAGGUGAUCAAGGCGAAGCCCAAACCGAAGCUGCAAGCCGUGAAGCCUGCUGUCGAGGCCAAACCCGUCGUGCAGCAGCCGGCCGAGGCACCGAUGUCGAGACCGGCCACUACUAAGCGAUCGCUGAGCGAGAUGGAGAGUGCUCACAAUCGAGGUUCUAGCGUAGCCUCGACCGAGUUUAUUGCCCCGAAGCCUGUAGUUGGGAAGACGUUCGAAUUCGGACGGCCGAAUGCAUUUACCAGCCGCGCUGCCUCCGGGAAGCUGUUUGGGGGUGAGCCCGUCGCGUCUGGUGUUCAGCCGUCGAAUGUGACCUCGGCUAUCCGAUCGCAGAUGAUUUCGUCCACGGCGGCCACACCAGGCGCCAUUGGUAUUUUGAGCAAAGAGGUUCAUGGCCUUCAGCGCAAGGUUCUCCAGCGAAACAGCUCUCAUGACCUCAGCUCUCGCCGGGCUGGAAGUGCGGAAACUAGCUUCCGUGACGAUGGCUCGGUCAAGCGCUCUCUCACAUUGGGACGCACAUCGAGUCGUAAGCUUGGGUUGAUUGACGAGACGGGGGCGACAAAUGAAGAAGCGGGCGAUGCCCCUGUGCAAGUCCAGGAAGAGAAGCGCUCCGUGGAGAAAAAGAAGAAACGCGACCUCAAGCCGGGCUAUUGCGAGAACUGCCAGGAUAAGUUCGCCGAUUUCGAAGAGCACAUCGAAUCCAAGAAGCACCGCAGGUUUGCUGAUAACCUGGCCAACUGGGCCGACUUGGAUGAUCUCUUGUCCCAACUUGAACGCGUGCCCAAGUCCAAUUAUUACUCUACUUGGGCCCCCUCUCUGCCUGAACUCGGUGCCUACUGAGCGUCCCAGCU